UUGAGCUAACAGAUCACUCUCAACUCUCUUGACAUGCGCUGUCACUGUUAACGCGGAUUUUAAUGUUUCUUGUUGUAAUUUCACAAGCACAAACAAAUUAGUUGUAUUUUUUAUUUGUUUCUGGCACAACAACUGGCUGCGCGAUAAUUAAAAAAAAAGCGGCACAAUGAAACGCAACAUUAACUGCUGCCAUUUUGUUUGGCUGUUGUUGUUGUUGCUGUUGACACUCCAGGCCAUGCCCAGUGAGAGUUGGCAGGCAAAAUUUGCGCCCGCCAAGCUGCAACUGCAUAUGGAGACCAGUGCGCAAGUGCAGCUUACACUGACGGACAUAGAGCCUGCAUUGCUGGAGUCGCCCGAACGCUACAGCUUUCGCCUGAGCAGCGACCAUGUUGAGCUGGCCAGUGUGGCGGCGGAGAAUGCAAGCAUUAGUAUGCAACAGGUGAUGCAACAGCAGUGGAGCGGUGCCAUUCAUGUGCUGGCGCAUUUUCUGGGCGAGGCGCGCAUAGCGGUGCGUUUACAUGAUGCGCAGAGCAACACCAGCAGAGCACCGGGAAAUGCGCAGGCAGCUGAGAGUCGACUGCUGGCGCAGGUGGUGCGGCCGGAACGUGUCCUCGAUCACAUCUUUGUGGGCUCCAUUAUAUUGCUGAUGUCGCUGAUUUAUAUCAAUUUCGGCGCUGCACUUAAGCUGGAUGUGCUGCAGGGCUUGGUAACGCGCCCGGUGGGUCCUUGCAUUGGCUUCAUUACCCAAGUGGUGGGCAUGCCACUGCUCAGCUAUGCGCUGGGCGUUUUUAUCUUUCCAGAAUCACCGUCCAUGCAGCUUGGCUUGUUCUUCACUGGCAUUGCGCCCAGCGGUGGCGCCUCCAACACUUGGUCUGCCGUCCUUAAUGGCAACAUUCAUCUCUCCGUGCUCAUGACCACAGUCAGCAAUGUGGCUGCCUUUGCCAGCAUGCCGCUGUGGAUAUUUACUUUGGGUCAGCUCAUCUUUGAGCGUGCCGGCUUGCUGGUGCCCUACGGCAAGAUUGCCAGCUAUUGCGCCAGUUUAAUUGUUCCGCUGCUCAUUGGUCUGGCCAUUCAGCGCUGGCUACCGCGAGUGGCACGCGUCCUGGUGCGCCUGCUCAAGCCCAUCUCUGCCUGCCUCAUACUGUUCAUCAUUGUGUUUGCCAUCAUCACCAACUAUUAUCUAUUCCAGCUGUUCUCCUGGCAGAUUGCUGUCGCGGGUCUAUCAUUGCCUGGACUGGGCUAUAUUGUUGCUUGGCUGGCGGCCAAGCUGUUGAAUCAAAAUGCCGCCGAUGCGCUGACCAUUGCCAUUGAAACGGGCAUACAAAACACAGGCAUUGCCAUAUUCCUGCUGCGCACUGUGCUGGACCAACCACAGGGCGAUAUUACUACUGUGGUGCCAGUCUCGGUGGCCAUUAUGACACCGCUGCCAUUGCUGGGCAUUUAUCUCUAUCAACGAAUCUACAACGGCGCCAAGGCAGGCGUCAUCGAUACCGCCGAGCAUCAGCGCAUAGUCUAAGCCCCCCCCGCGUGUGGCUUCCAAGUAGUUAAGGGAUUUUGGAUAUUAGCUUAGUUAAAAGCGUGAUCUUUUGCAGACCACUAAGUGCUAAGUGCACUAACCCAAGUGACCAAUUUUAA